AUGUUGGCAUUUCAAGUCAGAACAAGACUGCCAGCGAGUGCAGUUCCCUGUGCUCUACCCUUGUUUGCAAUGGCUGAAGGCCGUGUGUACAAUUUCUCCGCAGGCCCGAGUGUCAUGCCACUGGAAGUGCUUGAAGAGGUACAGCGAGAAAUGGUGAAUUACAAAGGCUGCGGCAUGAGUGUUAUGGAGAUGUCACACCGCUCCAAAGAGUUCAUGGCAAUUGCAGCUGAAGCAGAGAAGAACCUGAGGGAUAUUUUUGGUGUCCCCGGCGAUUACACGGUGCUCAUGAUGCAAGGAGGGGCCACCCUGCAAUUCUCAAGCAUUCCAUUGAACAUGCUUGGAACGAAGACUAAGGCUGACUACCUGGUCACAGGACAAUGGGGUGAGAAAGCUCACAAAGAGUGCAACAAGUAUGGCACAGGGCAGUUGGCAUGCAACACAAAGCCAACCAAGUUCACUACGAUUCCUCAAAAGUCUGAGUGGAAGCUGGAUCUGGAUGCGGCAUACGUACACUACUGUGCCAAUGAGACAGUCAACGGAGUUGAGUUCAGCUACACACCAGACGUGGGAGAAGUGCCUUUGGUGGCAGACAUGUCAUCAAACUUUUGCUCCAAGCCAAUUGAGGUGAGCAAACAUGCAUUUAUCUAUGCUGGUAUUCAGAAGAAUUUGGGUCCUGCCGGAAUGUCUGUUGGUUUUCUUCGCCCAGACUUUGCUGACGGAAGCAAGGAGUUGAAGAUUUGCCCAACAUACUGCAGCUUCAAGACCACUGGGGACAAUGGGCCCAUGUACAACACGCCUGCAUGCUUCACCAUGUACGUCAUGGGUGAGUACUUAAAGUACACCAAGAAGGUUGGUGGGCUCGCCUACUGGGCAGAGAUGUCCGAUAAGAAGAGCAGCUUGCUUUACGGCGCCAUCGAUGGCUCCAGUGGUUUCUACAACUGCCCCGUGGAGAAGAGCGCCAGGUCUCGAAUGAAUGUACCCUUCACAAUCAAUGGAGGCGAUGAGGCUCUUGAGAAGAAGUUCCUGGAUGAGGCGAAGAAGCACAAGCUCUUCACGCUGGCUGGUCAUCGCUCCGUGGGCGGCUGUAGAGCUUCUUUGUACAAUGGUAUGCCCUUGGAAGGUGUGGAAAAGCUCACAGAUUUUAUGAAGUCCUUCAUGGACGAAAACCGGAAAUAGUUCCAUUGUGAAUCAAUGCUGUUGGGCAAUGACAUGCAAUGACAUUUGGUUAUUUGGUCCCUCGCGGGAUUUGAGAGUACAGAUAGGGGCGACUCGUUUGGAGCCUGGAGGGUCCUUAAACGUUUGCUUAGCUAAGAACAGAGCCGAUCCCUCAGAUGGAUGUGCUCAAAUCAGUUUUGAUAUGUGUGACUUGGACCGUGGUGUGCCUAAAGCCUACACCGUGCAGGGUUGCGAGUGUGUAUCCAAAUGCGAAAAGAAA